CGUAUUUAGAGCUACACCAGCACAAAGGGUUCCAUCCAGUUUAUAUUUUGAGUCUUGAGGAGUUCAAUAUCGCGGCCAUUGAAAUGGGGAAUUGUCAGGCGGCAGAGGCAGCGACGGUGGUGAUUCAGCACCCGGGGAACAACAAGAUCGAGAGGAUUUACUGGUCUGUGGGCGCUCAUGAGGUCAUGACUUCCAACCCCGGCCACGUAGCUCUUGUCGUCAACUCUCCGACCAUGAAGUCUGAGACUGGUGCUCCAGUGAAGCAGCUCAAGCUUCUCAGGCCUGACGACACUUUGCUCAUUGGACAGGUUUAUCGCCUCAUCAGUUUCGAAGAUGUGUUGAAGGAGUUUGCUGCUAAAAAAUCUGUGAAGCUGGGGAAGUUGCUGAAACAUAGAGGUGAGCUUGGAGUGGAAAUGAAGAUGAAGGACUUGGCAGGUCAGAAUUUGAAGUCCGUCAACAACAAUUCCAUCAAGAUGGAGAUUGUGGGAAGCAACGGUGGCAGCACAAGCACUAACAACGGCAGAAUCUACAGAAGCGUGGGAAGAAAUUAUGGUGGUGGUGGUGGAGAUGGAAGUGGUGUGGGGCAGUGGAGGCCAGCCUUGCAGAGUAUUGCGGAGAUUGGAACUUGAAAUAUUAGUUUCCACUAUUCAUUUCUCUCCCACAACUCUUGAUUUCUCUCCCACCAAUAAAAACAAGCAGAAGCAGCGACUCCUCCUUUCGCUUUUUCCAAUAUCUUCAUAUAUCUCUUCUUUUUUAGACUGAUAGUUAUUAGUUUCCACUACUCCACGUCCUUGCUAGCUAUCCACGGCCUAUAGGGUUUCCAGAGUUUAGAUGUCAUGUAUAACUCAUUCAACUUGGACACGUAUACCACUCUUGCUUAUUCGUGUUAACCCUUUAGUUUGUUGUAAUUAGGUGCAAACUAUCUUGCCCAAAGUUGAACUUAAUUCCAUUUUAUUAGACUAAUCAACCUUCCUUUGUAUUUAUCAAGCAAUGAAUGGGUAGCUUAGUAUCAA